AACAAACAGUGUUUAUAGUUUAGCCACCUGAAAGAGCGUGGCAACUGGCAUUGUGGCUUCUCUUCUUUGCAUUAGGCUACAGCGUUUAAUACCAAGAAAAUGUUAGCGGAAUUAACCACACUCAAGGGGAUAGUGAAAGUUGAUGUCGUCAAGAUAGACAGUAACAUUUUUCGUUGCCAUUACAAGUUGACGGUGAUUGUUCUUACGAUUUCUGCCAUGCUCAUCUCAUUGAAGCAAUACGUUGGAGAUCCUAUUGAUUGCAUCAUCAACGCCGAGAAGAGUCCUGUUAAAAGUGACGUUCUCGACCAAUACUGCUGGAUUCAUUCUACUCAUACUCUGCCAAAUCAGCCGGGCAUGAAAGCGAAUGGAUCGAGACCGAUUCCUGGUCUCGGGACUCCACAGGAAGGCGAGCAGAUGAUUUACCACAAGUAUUACCAAUGGGUUGGAUUCUUCCUCAUCUUCGAAGCCAUCACAUUUUUCAUACCUCGGCUGGUCUGGAAAUUUUCGGAAGGCGGAAGGAUGCGGACUCUAUUAGAAGAUUUGCGGUUUUCGCCAGUGGAAACGACAGUGCAGAAAAAUGCUAAAGCUAGUCUAGUCGACUAUUUGUUCACUAAUGUCUGCCAACAUCAAGUCUACGCUUCUAGUUAUUUUGUUUGUGAAGUCCUGAACGCCAUCAUCAUCCUCGGCAAUAUUUUCUUGGUGGACGCGUUCCUCGGGGGUGAAUUCCUCGAAUAUGGCGGAAACGUAGUGGCUGCUUCUGUAAUGGAUCCUGAGGAUCGCACCGAUCCUAUGUCAUACGUAUUUCCCAAAUUAACCAAAUGCUUGUUCAAGAUGUACGGACCUUCUGGUACCAUACAGCAGUACGACGCCUUAUGUAUUUUACCUGUGAACAUUCUGAACGAGAAGGUCUUCAUUUUUCUCUGGUUCUGGUACGUCAUUCUGGCCAUUCUGACCGGCAUCGACCUUGUGGUUCGAGGCAUCACUUUGCUUUUACCCCGAGUUCGACUCUUUUUCUUGAAGAGACAAGCUGGACGCAAUAUUGAUUUUGAUCACGUCGAAACUGUGUUCCGCCGAUGUCAGAUUGGCGACUGGUUUGUCCUGAUGCUCAUCAGUAGCAACAUUAACCAGUGGACUUUUCAAGAGAUUUUACGUGGACUUGCCCUAAAGUUCAGAGGCAAAGACAUUUAAAUAAUAAAGGAAUUAAAAUUAUUCUCAGAUAUUUCUGCUUUCUGUGUAAUCACGAUUUAUUUUUUAAAUUUUUGGCAGCUUUAAUUAUUGCGCAAUUUUUCGCUAUUUCAAAUUCAACAGGGGAAAACUGGUGUUGGCUAAUGAAUCAUUGUGUCGCAACAUGCUCUAUUGCACUCAUGUGAUCAUGUCAUCUUACGCAUUCUAUUGUUUCACAACAUUUCGUUUUCUAGUUUUACCUAGCUCCUUCGCUUCAAGAAAUAAACUUAUUUCUCUAUCAUUAA